CUAUAUACCCUUACCUGUGACGUAUACAGCCUGGCACACACAUAUACCACACAGCACAUGCCCCGCUCCCAGCCCAGCCCUCCCCGCUCAUCUCCGCCGGCUGCUGGGGCGUGUCCCGGGGAGCACCGACUACUGAGCCCGCACCGGGGCCGAGCAGCCGCAGCAUCCAGGAAGGACAAGUCGUGGAGGAAUCAUGGGGCUGGAGAAGGAGAAAGCCGAUGCCCGCAUCUUCAUGGACGAGGACGAGUUCAACCGCUCCUCUGCCCCCAUGCUCACCGAGAAAACCUAUGAAAGCCCCCCGGACCGGGACCCGCACGGUCUGAACAGCCACCUGAAGCUGUCCUUUGAGGAUGUGAUCGCAGAGCCCGACACCACUCACAGCUUCGAUAAAGUGUGGAUCUGCAGCACUGCCCUGUUUGAGGUCAGUAAAUACCUCAUCUACAAGGUGCUCACCGUGUUUCUCGCCAUCCCACUGGCCUUCAUCAUAGGACUACUCUUCGCCAUCCUCAGCUGCCUGCACAUCUGGAUUGUGAUGCCGUUUGUGAGAACCUGUAUGAUGAUAUUACCUUCUGUACAAACCAUAUGGAACGGUAUUACAGACAGCUUUGUAGCCCCUAUAUUUGCAAGUAUGGGGCGCUGCUUUUCAUCAGUCAGCGUACGAGUAGAUCAGCCAUUUUAGUAAUGAAGCUAAGAAUAUAUAUGAAAGGACCUGGUGAAAAAUACGGUUUAUCCUUCAGUACACUGAACAAAUAUGGAAAAGCAAACCUGAUGUUGAAAAUGCAGUCUGAUGGGCCAGUAUCAUGUUAUAGACAGGGGUUGCUCAGCAGAUUUAAAUUUGAAUAUAGAUAGAUUUAGUAUUAACUGAUCAUUGCUUACUUUAAAGGGAAUAUAUCAGCAGGCUAGCCAGUACUAACCUGCAAUAAUAGCUCUGGAAAGACUGAUCACAAUGGUACUUUAGUUUUUUCCAUACGUGGUGCUGUUUAGGGGAUAAAUGUAAUUUCCUCCAAAAUCCCGCACGUGCGCAGUAACACUCUAGGCCCACAUAGCAAUGGAGCUGCCAGGUUAGUAUGGAACAGUGGGUAGUAUAGAAGGAGUGGCACUCACCAGAUAAAAUCUAAUGGUUUAAUGAUUCCAAAUUGUGGUUAAAAUAUAUAACAGCAGAUGCAUGGGCUAACCUUGUGAUAGAUUCCCUUUAAAUCCCUGCUCAUGCUGGGCUCAGCAGUCCAGUGGGCGGUCCUGCUUACACAGGGAAGACUGUCAGUCACUGAUGGAGACCACCUACUGGACUCCUAGUUAACUGUAUCUAUCUUUUACGCUGAAUUAUGCUAUUCGUUGGAGUACUUCCUACAUUUACAUGUCUAUCUGCUUAGCUCUUCCUGCUCUAUAACAUGUUGCCACAUGGCAUUUUCAUGGUGAAGGAUACCCAAUAAUGCUUCCAUGUGUACAUUCCAGAACCACAAAUGCGUGUCUUAGUCAGUCUGUCUACCAUAUAUGUGCAGAACACACACAGCACCCUACUGGAACAACAGUAAAUCAAUGCCAUAUGAAAGAAGGUUGUACAAGAAGUGUUUAUUACACAGCACUGUGCCAGAGCAUUUUUUGUAUAAGACACACACGGCUGAGACAUGCCGCUAAAAACCAAUAAAACACAAUAGGGUUCCUUCUGUAGAAUUAAGCACACGCCCAGUUUAUUUCCCCUCCCAAUGUUUUCAUACAUGAUGUCAUGCCUAUAUACUGCCCAUCUUGUCUCCACUUUUGGCUUAAUGUAAUAGAGCCCUUUACCAAGGGGCUGCCUGGUAGGUAAACAUUCACUAAAAUAAUUUUUUCCUAAAUGGACAACCCUAUUGUGAUCUACAGUAUACAAGUCUUUGACUUGGAUAGUCUAUUCACACUGCCCCUUUCUAGGGUAUAAGCUGGGGUCCCAGCAGGCAGACUCCCACUAAACUAACAUGUAUUUCCUUUCCAUCUAAUAGAUAUUAAAUGCUUUUGUACCCCUUAAAGGAAAUCUGUACUUACCUUGUCCCAUUCCGUGCAGGGGAUCUCCAGUAAUCUCCUUCGAUAACUUCAGCUCCGGCCAGGCUUGGGGCACAGGCGGAGCUUAGUGACGUCACCGCUGCUGUUCUCCAGCAGCGAGAGCCAGCCGAGAGCAGCAGCGGUUUGGGGCAUGGGCGGAGCUUAGUGACGUCACCUCUGCUGGGUCCCACUGCUAGAGAACAGCAGCGGUGAAGUCACUAAGCUCCGUCCAUGCCCCAAGCCGGCCCGGAGCUGAAGUUAACGGAGGAGAUUACCGGAGAUCCCCUGCACGGAACGGGACAAGGUAAGUACAUUGUCAUCAGUGUCACCUGCACUACCUGUCAGUACCGACAGGUUAGUGCAGGUGACACUGGUGACAGAUAAAGUGUCCAGAAGGAGUGUCCAGGAAGGAGUGUCCAGAUAUCAUGUGAAAUUUUGACCACAAGAACCAGCCUUUACAGCAGACAACAUCUAAUUGACCCUAGAUGUGCAUAAAUGGUGCCCAUAUUUAAUCCUUUUAUGCAGCAUCUUUGUAUAUAGAGGCAGCAGAUUGAUACAAGAUAUUUAAUACCUUAUUUGUUAGCUCAGCUUUAUAUGACAGAAUCACUUAUUCCUCUAUGCUUUGCAUAUUGAUUUGCCAAGGACACUGUUUUUAUGUACAUUAAUCAGGACAAAUAUAUUUUCAUGUAUAUUAAGUGAAUGCACUGAAACAAUUGCUUGUAUAUUUUAAAUAAAUAUAUUGAAAGAUAAUGUUUAUAGUA